AUGGACGGGGCUGCCGCCCACGUCGCCGGCGACUCGGCGGAGGCCGACAGGGCCUCCUCCUCGGCGUCGUCUACCGGCUCGGCCUCCCGGCGCUCCCGGCCGCACAAGGGGAUUCACCUGCGGCGGCGCCGGCGGCCGUUGUCCGCUCGGAGAGGAGAGGGCGGCGACGGCGACGGCGGCAAGGGCGCCGGUGACGGCGUGCAGGACCUCGCGCUGCCUCUGGGGAUGUCCUUCGCGGCGGUUCUCGCCCAGGUUCUGAAUAAAAGCGGCGGUUCUGGAAGCAGAUUACAACCUGAUUUUCUUUCAAAGAUGUGUACCUCAGCAGUGAAGGAGUCCUUAACAAAUAUAUAUGGAGACAGGUUUGAUAGUUUCAUGGGAAACUUUGAGAAAUCAUUUGGCAGUACACUGAGGACCCUUCAUCUACUCAAUGAGGCACCUGCCUGUGAGCAAGAUAUCCCUCAAUGUUCUCACGGUGAUGGCAAUCCUGUGGCUGAGACCAAAUUGAGUGGCGCUGACUCAAUAGGCCCGAUACCUGAUGUCCAGCAGAAUACAUACUUGAAUUCCAUGAAUAAGCAGAUUAUUCUUCACACGGGUGUCAAUCAGCAGCUGAUUCAGCUACCUCGUAGCAGAUCUAGUCCAGAAUGUGAUCAGGACAUCCUUAAUGUAUUUGAGAGAUCUCUGAAUGAGCAAGUUCGUUCAAAUGAGCUCAAAGAACUUGAAAUAGGGCUUAAUAUGAGGAAGUUGCAACUAAAGCAAUCUCAUUUAGCUCUCAGCUCCUACUCACACAUGUUAGAGAAGAUCAAGAUCUCUAUGGGAUUUCAGAAAGCUGCUUUCAGAGAGGAGAAAUUAAAGACUCAAAUGCAGGACACGAGAUAUGCUGAACUCCUCAAGAGGCUUAUAGAUAUGCUUCUGACAGCAGUAGUUUUUAUGUCUGCCUGUUUCGGAUAUGGAACAUAUAUUUAUUCGUACCAGCGGAUAACCGCUGUUACUGCAGCCUGUGCAGCUGCUUCAAGGGAGUCCAAAUCUUGGUGGAUUCCAAACUCUGUAUCAGCUUUCAACUCAGGAUUGCUGUUUUUCAGAUGUCAUUUGAUUGCAGCAACAAGGAUAUCAUUUGGCAUGCUGAUGAUUCUAUUGAUCGGAUGGUUGAUAUUCCAGCGUUCAGCAAUGACUGGACCCAACAUGCCAAUAACAUUCAAUCUUGUGUUAUUGGGAGGUGUUUGUGGUUUUGUUGGAAGGUUCUGCGUUGACACCCUAGGCGGGGAUGGAAAUGUUUGGCUUGUAUUCUGGGAAAUCCUUUGCGCCAUCCAUUUACUUGGAAACACCUAUCCAUCUCUUCUAUACCGUGGUCUUUAUGGUCCUAUUUCUGUGACGCACAGACCCAAGGCUCUCGGUUUGCCAUAUUGGGUUCGCCGGUACAUAUUCUACGCUGUGCUCUCUUUGGUCCUUCCAUGCUUGGCUGGUUUGUUGCCGUUCGCAUCUCUAUCAGACUGGAGGGAACAUGCAGUUGAUUAUAUGAGGUCCAGAUUCACUGGAAAUGACAUUGAGACUUGA